AUGUCAAAUGAUAUGUUAUAUCGUCAAGAAAUGAGUAAAAAUAUAGCAGCAAUUAUUGAUGGUUAUGUUAAUAUUAUAUACAGCGAACAUGAAAAAGAAGAUAUAUCUGAUUUAACAAUUCCUAUAAUUCAAAAGAAACUUAAAAAGAUGAAUGAACAAAUAAUAUUUCUUCACGCUGAAAAUCGUCUUUUAUAUAAUUAUUUAAUAUGGUAUGAAAAAAAAAUAAUUCUAAAUCAUAAUCAAGAAAAGAGAAAUUCAACUAAUACACUUGUAUUAAAAGAUGAUUUUCCACAUCAAAUUUUAAAACAUAAAACUAAACAACCAUUAUCAAUUCAAAAGAAACGUGAAAUAUCUGAAACAACUUUUAAAGUUCUUCUUGCUUAUUCACAAAAAUAUGGUAUUAAUACAAUACAAUAUGUUGAUGAAUGCAUUAAUACAAUGGAGACUGAUGAUGAAACAAUAGAAUAUUUAGAACUUGAAUUAAUUACAUUGAAUAAAUUUAUUCAAAAAAUUGAUGAAAAUCUACAUAAUACACAAAAGAAAUUUACAACUGAAGAACUUUCUGCUUUCGUUCAUGAUCGAAUUCGUUAUCGACCAGAAUUAUUUAAAGAAAUUCGUACACUUACAUUAAUACGUAAUAAAAUUAAUAAUACAAUUCAACAAUUAAAUCAUUAUAAUGAAAUAAAACAAAAAAUGCAAGAUGAAACUAUUGAAUAUGAAAAAAUAAAUGAUCCACUUCAUGAAAUGAUUAUAUCUUAUCGUGUACCAUCUAUAAAUAAUUAUGUUGAUUUAAAAUCUAAACAAAUAAAUCUCUAUCGUCAAAUACAUGCAUGGAAACGUAAAGUUGAAAUAUCUGAACGUGAAUUACAUUUACGUCAAAUUGAAUUAAUAAAUUAUCCAGAAAAAAUUAUUCAUCCAUGGAAAUAUCUUCAAAAUCCAUCAUCUAUUCUUUUCUAUAAACAUUACAAAAUAUUAAAUAAACAAAAUGAAAUUCAUACUAAUACUAUGAUUAAAAAUAAAAUGAAUAUUUCUCUUCCUAAACUAAAUAAUAAAUCAAUAAUAAAUAUUGAUAUGUAA